GCCACGCAGGGCCACGUCUGCGGGUUAGAGGGCUGUAGUCCAGAAGCUCUACCGCGGAGAGGCGGCUUUGCUGCCAAGUGGAGGGGAAAGGAGAGAAAUGGAUUUCGGUGCUAUUACAAAGCACUCAGUGUUACAUGCCAAGCCCAGUGGACUCCUCUUUCAAUAUGGGACUGCUGGAUUUCGAAUGAAGGCAGAACAUCUUGAUCAUGUCAUGUUUCGCAUGGGAUUAUUAGCUGUCCUGAGGUCAAAACAGACAAAAUCCACGAUAGGAGUCAUGGUCACAGCAUCACAUAAUCCUGAGGAAGACAAUGGUGUGAAAUUGGUCGAUCCUUUGGGUGAAAUGUUGGCACCAUGCUGGGAGGAAUAUGCUACUUGUUUGGCAAAUGCUGAGGAAGAAGAUAUGCAGAGAGUACUUAUUGACAUCAGUGAGAAAGAAGCUGUGGAUCUGCAACAAGAUGCUUUUGUGGUUAUUGGUAGAGAUACCAGGCCCAGCAGUGAGAAACUUUCACAAUCUGUAAUAGAUGGUGUGACUGUUCUAGGAGGUCAGUUCCAUGAUUAUGGCUUGUUAACAACACCCCAGCUGCACUACAUGGUGUGUUGUCGAAAUACCAGUGGUCAGUAUGGAAUGGCAACCAUAGAAGGUUACUACCAGAAACUCUCUAAGGCUUUUGUGGAACUUACCAAACAGGCUUCCCGCAGUGGAGAUGAAUUUAGAUCACUUAAGGUUGACUGUGCAAAUGGCAUAGGGGCUUUGAAACUGAAAGAAAUGGAAAACUACCUCUCACAGGGACUGUCAGUUCAAUUGUUUAAUGAUGGGACCAAAGGGAAGCUCAAUCAUUUAUGUGGGGCUGACUUUGUGAAAAGUCAUCAGAAACCUCCACAGGGAAUGGAAAUAAAGUCCAAUGAAAGAUGCUGUUCCUUUGAUGGAGAUGCAGACAGAAUUGUGUAUUACUACUGUGAUGCUGAUGGUCACUUUCAUCUCAUAGAUGGAGACAAGAUAGCAACAUUAAUUAGCAGCUUCCUUAAAGAGCUCCUGGUGGAGAUUGGAGAAAAUCUGAAUGUUGGGGUUGUACAAACGGCAUAUGCAAACGGAAGUUCAACACGGUAUCUUGAAGAAGUUAUGAAGGUACCUGUUUACUGCACUAAAACUGGUGUAAAACAUCUGCACCACAAGGCUCAAGAGUUUGACAUUGGAGUUUAUUUUGAAGCAAAUGGGCAUGGGACAGCACUGUUUAGUAAAGCUGUUGAAGACAAGGUAAAACAACUUGCAGGAGAAUUAGAAGAUAAGAAAGGAAAAGCUGCUAAGAUUCUUAGAAACAUCAUUGACUUGUUUAACCAGGCAGCUGGUGAUGCUAUUGCUGAUAUGCUGGUGAUUGAGGCAAUCUUGGCUUUGAAGAGCCUGACUGUACAACAGUGGGAUGCUCUCUAUACUGACCUUCCAAAUAGACAACUCAAAGUUAAGGUUGCUGACAGGAAAGUUAUUAGCACCACAGAUGCUGAAAGACAAGCAGUUACACCACCUGGACUACAGGAGGCAAUUAAUGACCUGGUGAAGAAAUACAGGCUCUCCAGAGCAUUUGUCCGGCCCUCUGGUACAGAAGAUGUCAUCCGAGUGUAUGCAGAAGCAGAUUCACAAGAAAGUGCUGAUAGCCUCGCACAUGAAGUGAGCUUGGCAGUGUUUCAGCUGGCUGGAGGAAUUGGAGAAAGACCCCAACCAGGUUUCUGAAGAUAAUUUUUAUAUUCUGAGAAACUGGAUUUUUAAAAAAGUUUUAACAAAACUGUCAAUAAUGGCAGUAUAAAGACACAAUCAUAAUGUUUAUGAUAUACCUUAUAAGAUUGUUUCUAAAUUUUUUUCUUAAACACUACUAGAGAAAUUCUUGAGAAAUACAUAAGCUUUAUAACUUUUUGUAUGUGUGUGCUGGGGAUUGAACCCAGGGCCGCCUUGGGCAUGUGAGGCAAGCACUCUACCAACUGAGCUAUAUCUCCAGUCCCCCUUUAUGACUUUUUAGAAGCUUACCGCUAAUUUCAUUUCACUAAUGUAAAAUAUUAGGGCAUAAAUAUGAUUUAAUCAUUAAUUUUGCAGUGUAUGCCAGGAAUAAUUCAUGCAGGUUGCUGAAAAAUUAAAUCUUGUUACCAUCU